AUGGUGUCCGGCCACUUGGGUGAAGUCACAAAGACGCCCGAGUACGAGACCAUAGCCCUGCACGGUGCUCAAGAGCCCGAUCCGAUCAACGGCUCACGAGCAGUACCAUUGUAUCAGACGUGUGCGUACAACUUCACCGACGCGUCCGACGGCGCGAGCAAAUUCGCCUGGUCCAAAGAUGGCUACGUAUACACACGGAUGGGCAACCCGACCAACUCGGUCUUCGAGAACAGAAUGGCGAUGCUGGAAGGCGGGGUCGGCGCUGUUGCCACGGCCAGUGGCCACGCAGCACAGUUCAUGGCCAUCACGUCGGUCUGCGAGCCGGGACACAAUUACAUCAGCACGAUGAAUCUGUACGGCGGCACGCACAACCAGUUCCGCGUGUACAUGAAGAAGUUCAAUAUCAUGUGCCGGUUCAUCGAGGGGAACGACCCCGAGGGGAUCAGGAAGAUGAUCGACGACAAGACCCGGGCCGUGUACAUCGAGACGAUUGGAAACCCGCAGUUCAACGUGCCGGACAUCAAGGCCGUGGCGGACGUGGCCCAUGACGCAGGCAUCCCGCUCAUCGUGGACAAUACUUUUGGUAUGGGCGGGUAUCUGUCGCAGCCCAUCAAGCAGGGCGCAGAUAUUGUGACGGCGUCCUGCACCAAGUGGAUCGGCGGCCACGGCACAUCAAUGGGCGGCAUCGUCAUCGACGGCGGACACUUCGACUGGUCUGCCUCGGGCAAAUUUCCGGGCUUCACGGAGCCCGCCGAUGGGUACCAUGGCAUGCGCUUCUGGGACACGUACGGGUACAAGGCGCUCGCGGCGAAACUGCGCAUGGACGCGAUGAGAGACUUGGGCCCGUGCAUGUCGCCGUUCAAUGCGUGGUUGUUCCUGCAGGGGCUGGAGUCGCUACCCGUGCGGGCCGACAGACACGUUUCCAACACGCUUGCGUUUGCGCAGUGGCUCGAGAAGCAUGACAACGUGGCGUGGGUGAAUUACCCCGGGUUGAAGUCGCAUCCGGACUAUGAGCGCGCGCAGAGGGUCUUGCCCAAGGGCGCCGGAGCCGUGCUGACGUUCGGCGUGGCGGGAAAUAUCGACGAGGUCGAGGCCGUCGUGAACAAUCUCAAGUUAUGCUCACACUUGGCCAAUGUGGGAGAUGCGAAGACGUUGAUCAUACAUCCGUGGCGCACGACGCAUCAGCAGAUUCCUGACCAGGAAAAGAUCAGGGGUGGCGUCACCCCGGACAUGAUCCGUGUGAGCUUGGGAUUGGAGCAUAUCAAUGAUAUUAUCCACGAUUUUGACCAGGCGUUUGGCGCGGCUGGGUUAAAGGGCGCGAAGGAUUGGGUCCCCACGUGGAAGAGAGAUACAGUGAGUGAGGAGUGGAGUAAAGGGACGCUGUAUGCGCCGAAUCCGAAUGCUUCCAAGUUGCCAAAGACUGGGGCGCCUGCUGUAAGGAAUGUUGUCGAAGAGGCGGCAACGAGGGAUCUGGCGAUUAGUGCUUAG